UCCUUUCUAUUCCAUGUUCAUCCUGAUAAAUACAUAAACAUCGUAUUUGAACUGACCUAACAAGGCUUCAGUUCACAUUUAUUGCAAAAUGGAUCUUAGCAUGUCUAUCUACGCUCAAAUAUCACAACCUACAAACUGUUUUUUAUGACAGUACAACUGUAACAGAGAGGAACUCUCUAGAGUUCCCAUUAACUUCAGUUUCGAUUGACAGAGUUAUCAUUAGGACAAUACAUGUCCAAAGGUCAAUAAUGAGCACCCACUCCCAUCGUAGUUUAUAUCCCUCAGUCACUCCAGGAAAGACAGCACAAAGACAGGCAGCAAAAUGAAGAAUCUUCUGCUUUUUUUUUUGUCAGCACUUCACACCAGCAACUCACAAAGACAAGAAUUCUGCAAACUGCCCCAGGAUCCAGGUCAAGGCACAACUUUCACGUUUUCUGUGUAUUACAAACCUGAAGAAGACAAGUGCUUGCCAUUCUUCUACCAAGGCGAGGGAGGAAACGCCAACCGUUUCCGAAGUGAAAGACAGUGCUUGAGAAACUGUUCAUUCAACUUUGAGAAGUUGUACCCAACGGACGCAACUGAAGCUUGUCACUUUAAAUAUGCACCUGGAGGGUGUAAUAGUAACCGCCUCAGAUACUACUACGACUCCGUUCAUGACAAAUGCAAAACGUUCUUUUGGACUGGAUGCUUUGGAAAUGGAAACAGAUUCUUUGACUUAGACAGCUGCAAUAGUACCUGCGUUGGCAUUCAUGAUGAAGGGGAUGAGCCUGAGGAGGAUGAACCGGACACUCCUAUUACCAUCAUCUUUGCGGUUCUGCUUUCCAUUGUCAUUUUUGCUGUCCUGUUAACUGUGAUUCUCCUCAUAGUGAAGUCAAAGAAAAAACACCAAAAGAAGAAAGCCAAGGAGCCCCAGACCGACGCACCACUUCAGGGGAGUGGGAUAGAAAUGACAUAGGAAGGCUCCUUUUCUCCAAAAAACAGCAUCUUUUUCACCUGGUUGCCAUUAAGAACUAAGUUUUGUGUCCUAAAACCAAAUGCAUAUUUUUUCUGUCCCAGAGAACUACACUCUAAAGCAGAUUUUUUUAAAAAUUAGAAUUGUUUAAUUUCGGUUACAUGCUAAGAGAUUUUUUUUUUUUUUACUUUUCAUAGAUUUAACCAAUGUAUUCAACUUUUGAAGCUAGAGAUUUAAAAUGCAAUCACAUUAAAAUAUUUGUAAGUUUAAAAUGACAAGUAAAUAAUCAGAAAUAAGGUACAUAUUCAAAAACUCAUGUUCUUAGAAACCUCACUUUUUAAGAUAUCUUGGGGUUUUUUUUGUCUACAAUAAAGCCCUUUUUUCAGUUAACAACUGUUGAAACAGAAAUAAAAGCAACCCUAUAGAUAAGGACAACAUUCUCUUCAAAUAUUUCAUUUUGUGCAUAUGUUGGCAGGUGUUUGGAUAUAAAAUGCAUUGUGAUUUUGCAGAAUGUGCCGUAUGUUCUACCAAAUGUCUGGAUGAAAACCCAGCUUAGCUCUCCAUUUCGAAGUCUAUAGCUGUGAACAUUCAACAAAUGUCAUUAUUAUUUUUGUUCAAAUCAAUAUUCCGUCUUAUUUACCGAAAUCCAUUCUGCAUAUUUUUUGGUGCUUUAUAUACUGUUUACAUUGCAGUAGGGCUUAAUAAGGUGAAGUUUUAAUCUUCAAUAAAUUUUGUUUUUAUGUUUGUG